CUUACUUAUUAGAGGAAAUCAGCCUAUUAUCUAAUCUUUCCUGUGUGCCUGUUCCAGGAGCUCAUACAACGUUCGAUUACCAUCAUUGUUCGCGUCGCAUUUGACUACGACCCAUCUCUAUUAUCUCUAGGCCAUUCGCAUACGCUUUUCUCCCCGCUGUUGUAUCGGGCGUCUACCACCAAACCGAGCACAUUCGUGUCAUAUCAAAACCUUCCUCCCGCUCCAUUUAUCGAAGCAGACCCACCUUUAGAUCCGGUUCGGGCUUGCAAACAACAAUGUCGAAUAAUAUCCCUUUCGCAACUCCGCCGGCAGUAGCACAAUGGGGUUGCACUAUCACAUAUAAAGACUAUAACAACAUGCUGAAAGGCUAUAAACCGCGAGUUAUGGAGGACAAGUGGUUAAUUGAAACUAACGCGCCUGACGACGCGCAAGGCAUCACCGUCCACAUCUACUUUGGAUGGACAUCUCGUGAGGAAAUUUCGCUUGAUAUCGCCGCUGGCGAUCCAACCAAAACUGAGGCAAAAGACUGGGCCACAAUUGUUAAGAUCUCCUGGAAAGCACAGCGAGCAGGUGGAUCAAAGGUCUCUGAAAAAGAGGCUAAGACCAUGGCUAUUAGUUUAUUCAAUAAUCUAAUGGGUUGCGAAGUAGAGGACGAGGACGAGGAUGAGGACGGGAACGAAGAUGAAUAAUUGCGGAUGUUAGAUAAAUAUGCAUCGACACAAUCUGUGUGAGAUGGCGGGUUACACAUCUACACAAAACGCAUACGUCACCCCCAAAUGAUGAAGAGCGUAUUGAACACAACAAAUUUCAAGAUACGGGCGCCAUAAGGUGAUCUAGGGUUCCGGCAGGACUCCCUCCCUCUACAAGAACUUCUGGGUCUUAUGAACAUGAAGUCUAGACAACGGGUUAUUCGUUCGAGAAUUGAUAUCGUUUCAGCUGUCAGAAACUAGAUUUUUCAGCAAAUAACAAGCAGCGUCGCACAAACGUACAGUGUCAAAAUGUCUCUUAAGAAACCAUCCUUUGGAAUAGCGCAUCACAGCAUUUCACGUUUCUCUGGAGAUACAUGUGCAAGAUGGUAAGCAAAGUAAAAUGAAAG